AUGGUGAAGCUAGGCAAAAAGUCCAAGCGGACUCCAGUCCGACUCCGACACAAGAUUGAAAAGGCUGGCGCGGCAAAGCAGAGGAAGCUGAGGAAGCAAGCGAAGAAGGACCCAACAUGGCGCUCGAAGAUCAAGAAAGAUCCCGGCAUUCCCAAUCUUUUCCCUUUUAAAGACAAGAUCCUGGCCGAGAUUGAAGAGAAGAAGCGCCUCAAACAGGAAGAGUUACUCCGUGUCCGCGAAGAAGCUCGUGAGCGUCGCAAAGCCGAGAAGAAAGCUGCUGGAAUCGAGACUGCCGAUAGCGAGGACAAUGACGAGCCCAUUGGCGAUAUCGACAUUGACGAUGUCGACGUCGAUGGGAUGGACGAGGAUCAAGAUGGAGGUGACGACCAGAACCCCAUGGCUGCUUUGCUGGCCUCUGCGCGAGCCAGGGCAGCCGAAUACGAAGAAGAGAACGAGGAUGAUGAGAUGAGUGAAGAUUAUGAUGACGACGGCGAAGACGAGGACGGCAUGGAUCAGGAUGAAGACGACGGGGGAGUUGCAUUAGGACAGAAUGACAUACCCACAAUCGCAUCACAGGUUUCGUCAAAGGAAAGCUCGCGACGAGCAUUCGACAAGGUCUUUAAACAGGUAGCAGCUGCAGCAGAUGUGAUCCUCUACGUGCUCGAUGCGCGCGAUCCGGAGGGCACGCGGUCCAAAGAUGUCGAGCGCGAGAUCAUGGCGGCAGAAGGGGGCUCAAAACGACUGAUCCUAAUUCUGAACAAGAUCGACCUGGUGCCACCGCCUGUGCUGAAGGGAUGGCUGAUCCAUCUCCGACGAUACUUCCCAACUCUUCCCCUCAAGGCUUCCAAUGGGGCCCCGAACGCACACAGCUUUGAUCAUAAACAGUUGACCGUCAAGGGCACAUCUGAGACAUUGUUCAAAGCACUCAAAUCAUAUUCCCAGACGUCGCAGCUCAAACGAGCAAUCUCAGUCGGCGUCAUUGGCUACCCCAACGUAGGCAAAUCGUCGGUCAUCAACGCACUGACAGCCCGUCUCAACCGAGGACACAGCAAUGCGUGCCCUACCGGCGCCGAAGCCGGCGUGACAACGAGUCUGCGAGAAGUCAAACUCGACAGCAAACUGAAAUUAAUCGAUUCCCCCGGUAUCGUGUUCCCCAAUAGUAGCACAUCGAGCAAGGCGUCUAAAAAGCAAAAGGAAAAGGCAAGCGAAGACGCGCGUCUUGUCCUUCUCAACGCCGUGCCCCCGAAACAAAUCACCGACCCAAUCCCCGCCGUCAAUCUCCUCCUGAAACGCCUCUCUAACACCAACGAAACACUAUUCCAAAAGAUGCUCAGCAACUACGGCAUCACCUCGCUCUUCCCAGUCAACGGCGGAGACAAGACAACCGACUUUUUGAUCCAGGUGGCUCGUAAUCGCGGCCGACUCGGUAAAGGCGGUGUUCCCAACAUACCUAGUGCGGCCAUGGCUGUUAUUAAUGAUUGGCGUGAUGGGAGAAUUCAGGGUUGGCUCGAACCGCCUGUCUUGCCUGUUGCUGGCGUUACUACCUCUUCUGCCUCUGCUUCUGGUGCUGCCAGCGAUGGUGCCACCGGUGGGCCGUCUGCAGAUGUCAAGGAGAUUGUUACCGAGUGGGCGAAGGAGUUCAAUAUCGAGGGCUUAUGGGGCAACGGUGAGGGUGAGCAGUGA